AUGGCACCUCUUAGUUUUACUCCCAUGGAAUUUGCUAUCAUAACUGGAUUGAAUUGUGUGUCUGAUAGGUAUGACUUUAUUUUUGACGAGGGUGUACCAAAUAGGAUGAUUGAAAAGUAUUUCAAUGCGGCAAAAAUUAUACAGAAAAGGCAACUAUUUCUAGCAUUCACAGAGAAAGUAUGGGAGGAGAACAAUGAUGAGGAUGCUGAGAAAUUUGCAAUUCUGUAUUUCCUACAUUCAUUUGUGUUGUCUAACAUUGACACUGUUGUUAUACCCCGUCUUCAUUUUGAUUUGGAUCCACCACCAAAGAAGAUCAACGGACGUUCAAAGAAGAAACAGACGGUGGGUUCAUCAACCCCAGUAGCGAAGAAACCUUCAGAGAAAAAGCAACAGCAAUAUGAAGAUACAGAUGUUGAAGCACAACAGAUGGAUUAUGCUGAUGUUAAAACAUCACCACAACAAUUCAGUCCUACUGUUGAUCAGAAUUUGGAUGAGAAUCAGGAUGGUACAAAGGGGUGCACUGAUUUGCAUCUAGAUAAAACAAACAUUGAAAUUGAUUCUCAACAUUUAAUCCCUAAUGAGCUUCUCCAAAGUAUAAAUUUGGAUUAUAAUCUUUCUAAUAAGAUUAUUCAUCAUGAUGAUCAAAUCACUGAUAAGAAAUUGGAUGAUACAAAUUUGUCUGAUUCACAAGAAAGCAUCACGAGACAUCCAUUGGCAACUUCUGAAGAAGAACAAAUCGAUGAACAUUUUAAUGAUAAAAAGUCUGAAUCUGUUGUUCAAGAUCAUUGUCAGGAAAACAAAGAGAAUGUUGGAUCAAACUCUAAAGCAUACAUGCACGAAGAGGUUGAUCUUGGUACGGAGGAGCAGAUUAUGACAACUCCUAAAAUACAAGAAUUAACCACUGAUGAACAAAGGGAUGAAACAGUUUUGCCUGAUUCACAAGACACAAUCCCUGAUGACUUACUUCCUAGUUUGAAUGUAUACAGUAGUAAAAGCAUCAUUGUUCAUCCCUCUGCUAAUCGUGAACUUCAAACUCCUAUUCCUAAGUUAAGGAUUAGGCAAUCAUCCAAAUUCAAAGAGUUACUUUACACGAUGAAAUUUAGUUCAGCUGCCAAGAGCUCGGAAGGACACAUACGUAUAUUCCCACAAAAACAUCCAUUUGUUUAUCAUCCGAUUGAUGGAAUUGUGGAUACGAAAAUUGUCAACAAGUUCAUGGAUUGGAUUUCUGAAGACCUUCUCAAAGUUCAUGUUAAAAGGAAGGAAAAUGCGGAUCAUUACAAAAGGGGAAAAUCAACCAUUCCAAUGAUGCAUUUUCAAAUUGAGACUGUUGAAGAUAAAAACUGGUUCUACAGAAUGGGGUUCGCUGAUCAGUCAUGGACCGACUCGCAUAUUGAUGUUUGCUUCUGCUACUUGAGGAAGAAGUCGAAGUAUGACCCCAACAGGUCUUACAAAUGCAGCACAGUAGAUUGCAACUUUAUGAACAUAAUUAGAUCUGUUCAUGAUGUUUAUUCUGCAGAUGCUGAAAACCUUACGGUGGGAGGACAUGUGGCACAUCUUAAUGAAUACAUAAAUGGGUUCUUAUAUAUAAAGGGAAAACAUCAUUGGGUGCUAGCAAUUUUAUCUUUCUCAGAGAGGUGCAUAUUCCUAUAUGAUUCAUAUAAAUCAUCUGGUCAUUAUUCGGUUGUUCUUGAUGUCAUUGAGAAAUUAGCUGCGAUUAUCUCAUUGUGUCUUGAACAUUGUGAUUUCUACGUUAAGAAAGGAAUUCAUGUUGAACACCAUCCAAGAUACAAAUACAAAGACUCCUCAGAUAUGUUUGAUGUGUUAUUUCAAGAGAGUUUGCCUCAACAACCAAGCAGAAGCUUGGAUUGUGGUGUAUAUAUGGUUACAUAUGCGGAGUAUCUUUCUUAUGGUCACAAAAUUCUUGCGAAUGAGUUCGACCCCAAUGCACUCCGUACAAGAUAUGCUGAACGUUUGUGGGAUUAUGGGACCAGAAAGCAAGACGUAAAUGCUCAUAGUGAUGUCGAAGCACCUUUGAGGCCUCCAAGGCAAAGUCUUCCUGGAGGUCUUUUGUAUUUUGGAGGCAGUACUAUUUCACCAAGUACGCUCUCUGGAAUUAUCUUUGUGUGUCAAUGGGCAGAUGGGAACAUCAUAUGUUUUCAAACAGUUUUUGGUUUAAACAAAUCACAACAGUAUGGCCCUUUCUUAAAAUUCUUCUUCUCCAACGCCGCACAAGCAUGUGCACAUGGUAUCUGA